CGCAAUGCGGAAGGGACGGCGGGGCCGGGGCGGAAGUGAGGUCCCGCCGGCUCCCGCGGCACGGAGCGGAGCGGGCGGCCGUUGGUGGCAGGUGGCGCGGCCGGACUGCCUCUGAUAAAGGCAAAAUGGCUUUCAGUAAAGGAUACCGUGUCUAUCACAAGCUGGAUCCACUUCCAUUCAGUGUGAUAGUGGAAACCAGAAACAGAGAAGAAUGUCUCAUGUUUGAAUCCGGAGCUGUGGCUGUCCUCUCUGCUGCAGAAAAAGACACAAUCAAGAAUGCCUACUCCAAAGUAAUGGAUGCAUAUGGGCUCUUGGGUGUAUUAAGAUUAAACCUUGGAGAUACAUUGUUACACUAUCUGGUUCUGGUAACAGGAUGCAUGUCUGUGGGAAAGAUCCAAGACUCUGAAGUUUUUCGAGUUACUUCCACUGAAUUUGUAUCAUUACGCAUUGAUUCAACAGACGAGGAUCGUAUUUCAGAAGUUCGCAAAGUUUUGAACUCUGGAAAUUUUUAUUUUGCGUGGUCUGCAACUGGUGUCAGUUUAGAUCUUAGUCUCAAUGCUCACCGCAGCAUGCAGGAGCACACCACUGACAAUAGGUUUUUCUGGAACCAGUCACUGCAUUUACAUCUGAAGCACUAUGGUGUGAACUGUGAUGACUGGUUGUUACGUCUCAUGUGUGGGGGAGUGGAGAUAAGGACAAUUUAUGCGGCUCACAAGCAGGCAAAGGCUUGUCUGAUUUCACGUCUAAGCUGUGAACGGGCUGGCACGAGAUUUAAUGUCCGGGGAACAAAUGAUGAUGGUCACGUAGCUAAUUUUGUUGAAACAGAGCAGGUGAUAUUUUUAGACGAUUCUGUGUCAUCUUUCAUACAGAUUCGAGGGUCUGUUCCAUUAUUUUGGGAACAGCCAGGCCUGCAGGUGGGAUCCCAUCGUGUCAGAAUGUCAAGGGGUUUUGAGGCAAAUGCACCAGCUUUUGACAGGCAUUUCCAAACUCUUAAAAAUUUAUAUGGCAAGCAAAUUAUUGUAAAUUUACUUGGGGCAAAAGAAGGGGAGCACAUGCUCAGCAAAGCUUUUCAGAGCCAUUUGAAAGCUUCUGAACAUUCAGCUGAUAUCAAAAUGGUGAACUUCGAUUAUCAUCAAAUGGUUAAAGGUGGAAAGGCAGAAAAACUACACAGCGUGCUUAAACCUCAAGUCCAGAAAUUCUUAGAAUGUGGAUUUUUUUAUUUUGAUGGAAAGGAAGUUAAAAGAUCUCAAAGUGGUACUGUCAGAACAAACUGCUUGGACUGUCUGGAUAGAACAAACAGCGUGCAGGCUUUCUUUGGCUUGGAGAUGCUAACAAAACAACUGGAGGUAUUAGGAUUAGCUGAGAAGCCUCAACUGGUUACUCGCUUUCAGGAAGUUUUCAGAUCCAUGUGGUCUGUGAAUGGUGAUUCUGUCAGUAAAAUCUAUGCUGGAACUGGAGCCCUUGAAGGAAAAGCUAAGGCUGGAAAGCUGAAGGAUGGUGCUCGUUCUGUGACCAGAACGAUUCAAAAUAACUUUUUUGAUAGCUCCAAGCAGGAGGCCAUUGAUGUUUUGUUAUUGGGAAAUACCCUAAAUAGUGAUUUAGCAGAUAAAGCACGGGCUCUCUUAACCACCAGCAGUUUACGCGUUUCAGAGCAAUCAUUACAAUCAGCAUCUGUAAAAGUGCUAAAGAGUAUGUGUGAAAACUUUUAUAAGUAUGCAAAACCGAAAAAAAUUAGAGUCUGCGUUGGGACGUGGAAUGUCAACGGAGGGAAGCAGUUUCGAAGUAUUGCCUUUAGAAAUCAGACCCUCACUGACUGGCUUCUAGAUGCACCGAAGUUAGCUGGUAUUCAUGAGUUCCAAGAUCGCAAAAGCAAGCCUGUAGACAUAUUUGCCAUUGGAUUUGAAGAAAUGGUGGAGUUAAAUGCAGGAAACAUUGUGAAUGCCAGCACAACCAAUCAGAAGCUCUGGGCUGCUGAACUACAGAAGACUAUAUCAAGAGAUUACAAGUAUGUGCUGCUGGCUUCUGAGCAACUGGUGGGCGUCUGCCUUUUUGUGUUCAUCAGGCCCCAGCAUGCUCCUUUUAUCAGGGAUGUUGCUGUUGAUACCGUAAAGACUGGCAUGGGAGGAGCCACUGGUAAUAAAGGUGCAGUAGCAAUUCGGAUGUUGUUUCAUACAUCCAGUCUUUGCUUUGUCUGCAGUCAUUUUGCUGCAGGACAAUCACAAGUUAAAGAGAGAAAUGAAGACUUCAUAGAAAUAGCUCGCAAGCUCAGUUUUCCAAUGGGAAGGAUGCUCUUUUCCCAUGAUUAUAUCUUUUGGUGUGGUGACUUUAAUUAUCGAAUCGAUAUUCCAAAUGAGGAGGUUAAGGAGCUAAUACGACAACAGAACUGGGAUCCCCUUAUAGCAGGAGACCAGCUUAUCAAUCAGAAAAAUUCUGGACAGAUUUUUAGGGGGUUUUUGGAAGGGAAAAUAAAUUUUGCUCCUACAUACAAAUAUGAUCUUUUUUCUGAUGACUAUGACACCAGUGAAAAAUGUCGUACACCAGCAUGGACAGAUCGUAUCCUUUGGAGAAGAAGAAAAUGGCCUUUUGACCGAUCAGCUGAAGACCUCGAUCUUCUGAAUGCUAGUUUUCAUGAUGACAGCAAUGUCCCCUAUACAUGGAAUCCUGGUACUUUGUUGCACUACGGAAGAGCAGAGUUGAAAACAUCUGAUCAUAGGCCUGUGGUUGCACUGAUUGACAUUGACAUAUUUGAAAUUGAAGCAGAAGAGAGACAAAAAGUUUAUAAGGAGGUGAUUGCAAUGCAAGGACCACCUGAUGGUACUGUAAUGGUCUCCAUCAGAAGUUCUUCAGCUGAAGAAAACUAUUUUGAUGAUAACUUGAUUGAUGAUCUUCUUCAAAAAUUUGCAAACUAUGGUGAAGUUAUACUUAUAAGGUUUGUGGAAGACAAGAUGUGGGUAACAUUUCUGGAAGGAAGCUCUGCUUUGAAUGUUAUGAAUUUGAAUGGUACUGAGCUGCUAGGAAGGGUUAUAAACAUAAGCUUGAAAAAUCCAGAUUGGAUCAGAAGUUUGGAAGAUGAGAUGAAUCUAGAGAAGAUUAACAUUGGGCUGCCUUCAUCGACAAGUUCCACUCUGCUUUGUGAAGAUGCUGAGGUUACUGCAGACUAUGAUAUGGAAGGAGACAUUGAUGACUACAGUGCCGAAGUAGAAGAAAUCCUUCCUCAGCAUCUACAGCCAACUUCAAGCUCUGGUCUUGGAACCUCCCCAGGCUCUUCACCACGUUCCAGUCCUUGUCAAUCCCCUACGCUGUCAGAUGGACCUACGCUCCCAGUGAGACCGAGCCGAGCACCAGCAAAAACUCCUGGACCACCUGUUUCCACACACACUGAAUUGCAGCUUGGUACCCAGCAGAAAGAGUCUUCGCAGAGCUUGGAGCCUAAGCGUCCUCCACCACCUCGCCCUGUUGCUCCCCCUGCACGCCCUGCUCCUCCACAGAGGCCACCUCCACCAUCAGGCGGUAGGAGUCCUGCACCUGCUAGAAAGGAAUUUGGAGGUCUUGGAGCUCCUCCCAGUCCUGGGGUAGCUAGGAGAGAAGUAGAAGCACAAAAAAGUCCUGGAACACAAAGAAAAGAUAACUUAGUUCGUAAUCAGCCUCCACCUUCAACUGGAAUUUCAAGUGCAGGAACUGCUGGAUAUGGUGCAACCAGACCGACUGUUCCACCUCGAGCUGGAGUUAUUAGUGCACCACAAAGCCAUGUCCGUCCCUCUGGGGGAAGACCAGCUCCUGAACCUCAGACCAAACCAGCUGAACCACCAAGGGUGACUUCCAAAAUACUUUUAAAUACAACUGAAGAACUGUUGUGGUUUAACCCUGGCCGGCAACCUGGCACCACGCAUCAGCUCGCUCACUCCCCUCUCACCCAGAGGGAGGGGGAGGAGAAGUGGAAAGGCUCACCAUUGCUUCCUGAACCACUAAAACCUCAGGCUGCUGGACCUGCUCAGCCUACCACUCAGCCACCACCUGUGCUAAGGAUGCAGGAGCCUCUGAUACCUGUGGCAUUGCAUCCAUCUCAGACAAGUGCCCCACCAAGUCUGGAACCCCCACAACCACCUCCUCGCAGCCGAUCAUCUCACAGUUUGCCUUCUGAUUCUGCUCCUUCACAGCAGCAGAUAAAAACAAAUGGAACGUACAGCUCUAAACUUGAAACACAGUUAAAUAGUGACCCUUUUGAAGAUUUGUCGUUUAAGCUGCUUGUGUCAAAGAUGCAGACGUCUGUUCAAACAUCACCUGUUCCCACUUUGAACCAAAAGGAGUUGAUGCAGUUGCCUUCCACAACACAAAGAGAUGCUGAUAUUUUGAAUCCUGUAAAUUGCAUGCCAGCAACACCUCCUAUUCCAACCUUUAACAUAUCCCAGGAACAUAAGCGUAGCUCUCCAAAUCCAUUUACUACUGGACUGAACUGCACAAAUCCGUUCACUGAAAGAACUCCUACUGCUGGAAACCCAUUUAGAACAGAAACACGAGAGUCUGAAAUAACUUCACGUUUACUAGAAGGACGUGCUGCUUGCAAUCCUUUCCCUUCUCUAAAUCCCCCCAGCUGUAAUACAAGCAAGCCUGCAUUUUCUGUCAUUGCAUCUGAAAACACUUUUUGCUUGCGAAGUAAAUCUCUCAUGGUAAAAAAUGUACAGCCAAAAGGAUGGGUAACGUUUGAUGAUGAGGAGGAAAAUUUCAACAUAAAGCUAAAGCCAUCUAACAGUGUUCCAGAUCUUAAGCGAAUCAGUUCCAGGAAGUCAGCUGGAUCUCCAGAGUUGCUGGGCACUGAACAAAAUACUUUUCUUGGUUCAGACUUCAACUUUGAUGAUGACUGGAGUAAAAGUUCUACCGAUUGCUUCUAUACAAUGCCAGCAAGAAGACUACCUGCACCUCCUAUACCGUCACGACUAACCAGCAACAGAUCCCCCGCAGAUCCUUUCACUUCUUCGGCACCUAAGGUGUCACCAACACAAGAUUUUACAGAAAGAUAGGUGUUAAAAAAUAUAAGAGGUUAUAUUUGUUGAUACAUUUAUCCAGUAGAAUAAUUGGGCAUUUGAGAUUAUUCUGUGUGCAAUAAUUAAUUGUCAAAUGCACUGAAACUUAACUAUUCAUAAACAGCCACUAUUGUUUGUGUGUAAAUUUUGGAUAUGUAUAUAUGGUAGAGCACAAAAAAUUGUCUGAAAUUUAAUAAAAUCCCGAUGUAAUAGUAUUUGCAUAGACAGAGAAAAGAAGGAUGAACUACUAAUCUCAUUAAAAUAUACCAAUCUUGGAUAUAGUUUUUGCUUAGGGAGCUCUCUCAUUUCGAUUCCCCUUUGUGGAAUUUCAAAAAAAGAGGCUCCCUGCUGGUAGCCUCCCCACUCCCUUUUUACUGUUUUGUUAAUUGAUAUUUAUAAGUAUUUACCAAAGAGCUGCCAAAGUUUGAGAUUUGAAUGUUGACAAGUAUUGUUUAGAAGUUGUUUAAUUUAUAAGAGGCUAUGGAUAUUUGUAAGGCGUAUAUUUGAACUUGAGGCACAACAAAAAUGGUCUAAUUUCAAAAUAGAAACAAAACUUUGCAUAUUAAUAUAUUCAAUAUUUCACUUUAAUCUUCUGUGUCAGUACAUUUCAGCUAUUAAAUCUUAUUGUGACAUAUACUCACUAUCAUUACUUCAGAGUAAUUGUUCCAUAUCAUCCAUUUAUUCAUCACUAUUUUAAAGAUACCUUCUUCAACAAAUUGUAAACAACUGAUACAACAAAUUUCUCCUCAACCUCUGGAAAAAAAUUCCCCUUGGGUUUUGAGAUACAAGCCAGUCUUUUCCAGUUGCAGACAACAUGGUGGAGUUGGCUUGUCCCUCCUCUUUUGCCCUCUUAGAAGAGCUUUCUCGUCCUCCAGAAAGAUCUGAGCGAAAGAACCAGCAGCUGUGUUGCAACAUCAGAGAAGGAGAAGGUCAUCUUAUGUGAUGGGGCUGUCUGUUUGCUACCAUCCCCAUCUACCAGACUUACUGCUGUAUUUUUUAAAAUUGUACUUUGCAACAGGAGAGCAGUAAGUCUCUGAGCUGAAUAAUAUCAUUCUGUCACUUCUGCAGUUAAAGCGAAGUAAGUGUCCUUGCCCAGAGGUGCUGGUGCUGCUUUGAGGCUAGUGAAGGCUAAGUCGCAGUUCUCCAUAUUAUGCUAUAAAAACGCAACUCUGUGCUUUUAUGAUUUUCUAAAGCUCAUGUGAAAUUACCUAAAAUAUGGUAUGCUGUUAUCUUGAGGCAAUUUAAAAUAACUGAUUUCCUUAGCUUCACUUACAUAUGCUACAAAACCCUGCAGUUCUCCUCACAGUGUCUUAGGCCAUAACUGGUAUCCGCAGCUUCGUGCUUUUAUCCGGAGCUGAAGGUGUCACAUUGUCGUCUCUUGGGGGACUGCAAAUCCACGCCUACACGCACUGGCUUACUUGCAAACAAACCGUACUGGUUCUGCAGAACCAGGGACUGAAACACAACAUACUACUAGCAUUAUAUUUAUAGUAGCAAAAUACACGAUGACAGUACUAGGUUGUUUUUUUUUUUAAUUCUCAAAUGCUAUCAAAACAUUAUUUAUGAAAUAAUUCACUCUUCCUUUAAAGCAGUAUAUGCAUAGCCAUGAGCUGCAGUUGGAUAGAGGAGUGAUGAUAGUGAGUUUUCUAUUGUGCUUUUUUCCGUUCCCGUCAUUCAGCAGUACUUGUACAUGUUACGCAGCAGUGGUACUAUGCGCUUUGUCCUCUGGUGUGUGAUUGACCUUGGUUUAAACUGUUGCUAUAAACAUCUGUGUGAUCGGU